AUGGCUAGAAUAUCACACUCAGGAAGAAGGAACCAUAAAAACAAUACCUUAGAAGAGCAACCUAGGUUUGGCGAUGAGUUUGAGAUGCCGGUGGAGGCACAUUUAGCUCAAGUCGCACACGAUCAAAACUAUCAAAACUUUUAUAACCCAUAUUUAGAGACACACGAGCCACCACACUAUUAUCGUCGUGCGCACGACGACAAUAUCUAUUCCUCAACCGAAGCUACACCGCACACGCAAACACAAACACAAACACAAACACAAACACACACACACAGAUAUCAAGAUCCAUAUCAAGAUCCACUUCCCCAGACAUAUUCUCCAAAUAGAACACCCAGAUUCAAUGCAAAGCUUUACACAGCAGAUCCGUCUGUAGAAGGGUUUGAAACAUUUCCCUCUGUAUACAAGACAAAAGAUGAAUUGGUAAAAACUGUUGACAGCACAGAAAUUGUUUCUUCUAGCUCAUUAGAAAACCAACCAAUACUACAAAAUGAAAAAAGACUCUUUUCUUGGUUAUUCUCAAAAAAGGUACCCGAAAUACCAGCAGACGAAGAAAGGACCGAUUACCCUUGGCAUAAAGCCAACCCUUUUUUAAGAUUGGGGUUUUGGUGGUUAUGGCCAGUACUCAAAAAGGGAUACAAAAGAACCUUAUUUCCCGAAGACUUGUUCAAACUAACACCAGAGUUAAAAGUCGAGUACAUGUAUAACCAAUGGAACAAGCACUUGACCUCAAUUAUAAGCAAACACAAUGCAAGUAACCCAAAAUCCUCAGAUUGGCCCAAACAUGCAAUUCCUUAUGCAUUGUUCCUCACAUUCAAAUGGCACUACUUGUUCUCUUGCGUGUGCCUUGCAUUGGCAUUCACUGUUAUCGCAUGUUCACCAUUGAUUACCAGACAAUUGAUUGAUUUUGUUGAGUACAGAUAUUUCCAAGUAUACACCACCUACAACAGGGGAAUCUGGUUGACUUUUGUUGCAGUAAUUCUCAUCUUUGUUAAUGGUUUAUUAUUGAACCAUUUCUUUCACAAUGCAAUGAUUUGUGGAGCUCAGGCCAAAGCUAUCUUGACAAAGGCCUUAUUGAUGAAAUCAUUCAAACUCGACGGUAAAGCACAAUACAAGUUUCCACCAGGAAGAGUCACAAGUUUAAUGAGUACAGAUCUUGCAAGGAUCGACUUGGCCAUUGGAUUCCAACCAUUGGUGUUGUGUUUCCCAAUCCCAGUAGUCAUCUCAAUUGCCAUUCUUUUGAAAAAUAUUGGUGUUGCCGCAUUAUCAGGAAUCGGCCUCUUUUUGGUCUCGUUGAUUGUUUGCGUGUUACUCACUAAAAAAUUGUUCACCACUAGAGAAAAAGUCGUUUGCUUUACCGAUGAAAGGGUUUCACUCAUGAGAGAAAUACUUAAUAAUCUCAAGAUUAUCAAAUUUUACGCAUGGGAAAUGGCAUACAAGGCAGCAAUAGCCAAGGUGCGUAACAAAGAAAUGCGCCAUUUAUUCACAAUUAAAGUGUUGCGCAAUUUCAUUACUGCAUAUGCAUUAACACUUCCAGUGUUGACCUCAAUGGUUUCAUUCAUUACCAUGUGGGCAACAAACAAUAUGAAGUCUCCAGGUGAAGUGUUUAGCUCUUUGUCAUUGUAUGCUAUUCUUGCACAGGCUAUCAUGUUGCUCCCCAUUGCAUUAGCCACUGGUGCUGAUGCAUUGAUUGGCUUUCAAAGAUGCAAUGCGUUCCUUUCUGCAGAAGAGUUUCACGACGAGUUGGCGCAACAGUUGAAUGAGAAAAACUACUAUUUAAGAGAUUCACCAGCAAAUAAAGUCACCAUCAAAGUCUCCCAUGCAGAUUUCCAUUGGGAGGACAACCAUGCUGAUGAUACAUUGUUGGACCCAGAAUUAUGGGAUAUUGAAGAAGAAGAUAUUAAAAUUAUGAAAGAAGGGUCAAUCUAUCUGAAUCAGAAGCAACAGCAACAGCAACAACAACAACAACAACAAAUGCAGACGGAGACGCAUAGCCCGUAUGGUUUUGAAAGCGACUCAGCAUCCUGUUCAACAAUUACAAAUUCAAAUAAUAAUCAAUUCCAAGGAUUAUCCAACGUCAAUCUUACAAUAAAUCGUGGCGAGUUUGUUAUUAUCACCGGUGUAAUUGGUUCAGGAAAGACUUCGUUGCUUCACGCUUUGGCAGGAAUAUUGAAAAUUACAAACCCAUCUAGGGGACAGCUUAUUGUGAAUGACAAGAUCCUUCUUUGCUCAUCACCAUGGAUACAAAAUGCCACUGUUCGUGAAAACAUUACAUUUGGUAAGCCAUUUGACAUUGCCAAAUAUAAACAAGUUCUCUUUGCAUGUGCGUUGGAAGAUGAUAUUCGUAUGCUUCCAGCUGGCGACAGAACUGAGAUUGGUGAGCGUGGUAUCACCUUGUCCGGUGGCCAAAAGGCUAGAAUUAAUUUGGCCAGGGCUUGUUACGCCGAUGCAGAAAUUCUUCUUUUCGAUGAUGUCAUUUCAGCAGUUGAUUCUAAGGUGGCUCGUCACAUUGUGAGCCAUUUAUUCAAAGGUUUAUUGAAACACAAGACUAUAGUGUUGGCAACUCACCAGUUGGGUAUUUUGGAUUUCGCAGACAAAGUUGUGUUUAUAGACAAUGGCAGUGUCUAUAGUGGUUUGGUUCCACAACUUAAACAUGAAAAUAACAAUUUCCGCAAGUUGCUUGAUCACGGAGAAGACAGAGCAGGAGAUGCAGAAAAUGCAGCAUCUACCGACAACCUUUCUGAAGUGACCAAUUUACAAAGAUUGCCACCGCUUACUGAUGGUGCCAGUGCCAGUGCAGGUGCCGGUGCCGGUGCAGGUUUCCAUGAAGGUCAUCAAAACGAUAUUAGCGGUAGGACUACGCUUGACGAAGUACGCGCAACAAAUUCGAUAUCUUGGAAAAUCUACAAAAAAUAUAUCGAAUUGGGCGCAGGAAUCUUUGGCAAGUUUGCUGUUCCUCUAUUUCUUCUACUUGUUACUAUAGCCACCUUUUGCCAAGUUUUCACAAAUACAUGGUUAUCGUUUUGGGUUGAAAAAAAGUUUCCAGACAAGUCAGAUCAUUUCUACAUUACGAUUUAUGUCGUUUUUGCAUUCCUCACCGUCAUCUUCACUGGUAUUGAAUUUAGUAUGUUGGCAUAUAUGCAAGAUUGCUCUGCAAAUUCACUCAAUUUGAAGGCAGUCGGUAAAAUCUUGCAUGCACCAAUGUCAUUCAUGGACACUACACCAUUGGGACGUAUUCUUAAUAGAUUUACUAAGGAUACCGAUUCUCUUGAUAAUGAGAUUGGUGAGCAGAUGAGGUUAUUUAUAUUCCCCUUGGCACUCAUCAUUGGUAUCAUAAUUCUUUGCACUUGUUACUUACCAUAUUUUGCUGUUGCUGUUCCAUUUUUAGCAUUUGGAUUUUUAUUCUUGGCCAACUUUUAUCAAGGCUCAUCUAGGGAGAUCAAGAGAUUAGAGGCUACUCAAAGAUCAUUGGUGUACAACAACUUCAACGAGACAUUGACUGGUAUGGCGACCAUUAAAUCGUUUGGUGCCGAGCAAGAUUUUAUUAGAAAGAAUGAUUAUUUCUUGGACAAAAUGAAUGAAGCUUAUUACUUAUCAAUUGCUACUCAGCGUUGGCUUUGUGUGCACUUGGACAUCAUUACUUCGUGCUUUGCCUUGAUUAUUUGCUUACUUUGUAUCACUGAACAAUUUAGCAUUAGUGCAUCAUCCACAGGUUUAUUGCUCAAUUAUGUUAUGCAAUUGGUUGGAGUUUUGUCGCUUACUGUGCGUUCAAUGACCUCAGUGGAGAAUGAAAUGAACUCUGUUGAAAGAUUACACGAGUAUGCGUUUGAUUUGCCCCAAGAGUCUGCAUACAUCAUUGACAAGGCAGCUCCACCACAAGAAUGGCCAGCGUCUGGUUAUAUUACAUUCAAGGAUGUUCACCUUAGGUACAGAUCAAACCUUCCCUUUGUUCUUAAAGGAUUAGAUGUGAAUUUCUACCCUGGUGAGAAAGUCGGUAUAUGUGGACGAACUGGAGCUGGUAAGUCAUCUAUUAUGUCGGCAUUAUACAGACUUGUUGAGGUUGAGCAAGGCAAGAUUGAGAUUGAUGGGUUGGACAUUUCGCAAAUGGGAUUGUUUGACUUGCGCUCAAGAUUAUCGAUUAUUCCUCAAGAUCCGGUGCUUUUCCAAGGAACAAUUAGACGUAACUUGGAUCCAUUUGGCGAAUACGACACGUAUACUUUGUGGAAAGCUCUUGCAGCUACAGGGUUGAUUGAAGAGUCACAAAUUCCUUACUUGUCAUCUGUCCUGAUUUCAGAUAAUGGUGUUAGCCACAAGUCACUUCAUAAAUUCCACCUUGAUCAGCUUGUUGACGAUGAUGGACUAAAUUUUUCUCUUGGUGAAAAGCAAUUAAUUGCAUUGGCUAGGGCUCUAGUGCGCAAUUCCAAGAUUCUUGUGCUAGAUGAGGCCACCAGCUCUGUUGAUUUUGCCACCGAUGGUAGGAUCCAGGAGUUGAUAAAUCGAGAAUUUAAAAAUUGUACAGUGUUGUGUAUUGCCCAUAGAUUGAAAACCAUCCUCAACUAUGACAGAGUCAUUGUUAUGGACAAAGGUGCUAUUGCUGAAAAGGGAGAUCCCUGGAAAUUGUAUAAUGACAAUGGUGUGUUUAGGUCAAUGUGUGACAAGGCCAACAUUCGUGCUGGGGACUUCCCAUAA